GCUGGAUUUGUCGUACAUCCCGUUGUCUGUCUUGUCGAUUCGCAUGAGAUCCUAUCACCUCGCCUGGCUACCCUUCGAGUCCGUCCUCUGCAUCAGAAAACCAUCACUAUUAUCAACUCAGCUGAUGAUUCCGAGUGAUUUUCUUAAGAGGAUCGGAGGAGGUCACCCGCAGAGAGAAGUCUUUCUACAAAUUUUUCGUUGGUGACU